GCGGGUCUCUGGGGACACUUUGACGUCGUUGAUGAUUUCUACAUCUACUUGUUUUCUUUUGGGUGCGACAGGUAGACAGUAAGGUGAGCAGAUGAGAGAUGUAUAUGCAUGUAAAGAGGCCGCUCACGUGCAUUUGUACACGAUGUCAUACACAAGAAAUGUCGACUGCAGUCAGCGUUGAAGGUCGCUUACGUAUAACGCCCCAUUUUGUAAACUGAAUUCACGAAUUCGCCAGUAAUAGCUCACCCUCUUUCAUCAAUCACGAUCUACUAACGCUGUCUAACCAACUCCAAGCGCAACAGUUCAUCAUUUUGCGCUCGCUUCUUGGCGGGGAAAUCACCUUUUUGACAUCAGCUUCUUGCAGAGAAACGAUGGAACAUCCAAUGUCUCAACAGGUCUUUGAAGAUGCAGGCCUGCAGAAAGCGUGGUCAGAGAAAUGUGCACAGAGCAAGGACAGGGUCUUGUUGGUGCCGCAGGCUUUGACGAACGCAGCAGGGACGGGCGCUCCAUGCGUCGGAUCGUUGUCAGCACCAGGGGGGCUGCGUCUCCCAGUAAACUCUGUCGCAAAGUCUGUGAGUGGUUGUCAUGUUCAGAAAAACCCUGAGGCGAGAUUGUGGCAAGAGGAAGGAAAGCCUUUUCGCAUCCCUCACUUGCUUUUCGCUUUGGUCAUCUUCUUGUCCACUGGUCUGAGCUUGACCUCGCUGAUCUACUCCAUGCACCUGCACGGGCUGCUGGAAAGUGAGGCUGCGUCCAGAAAAAACCUAAUGACACAAGUUGAUACCAUGGAAACCGCUCUCAAGAAAUUAGUAGGGGGUCUGAAAGAUCGAGAUCAUGACACGUCUUCAGCAGAGUUGCUGCCCGUCGAUUUGCUGCUGGGUGGGCAAGAGCGGAAGGCUUCAUCACUGUCGAGCCAGCGCGGCACCCGAGGGAAAAGAAGCUAUGACUGCGAUGGCGACUGCUGGACCGAAAUUCGAGAAGUCUGUCAAUCAGAGGUGGCAGAAUACCUUAUUCAGCGAAUCGACAGAGUGCACCUGGAGGCAGCUAACGUGAGCCCUCGCGAUGGCACGUUCCUUUGGAGGAUUGUCAGGGGCGGACCCACGUCCUUCUCCCCACGUGGGGUGAAGCUCAAGACAAACGGCAGUGAACUGAUCCAAGGCAUCGAGAUUGAAAAAACCGGAGUGUACGUUGUGUACUCUCAGGUUGUCUUGCAGGGUCAAACCGGAAACGCAUCGAGGGAUGACUGUGCUCAGGAGACGGUGGUGAUCUUACCGAACCGGACCAGGAUCGUGCUUAUGAUGAGUUACGUAACCCAAAGAGGACAUGCAGACCGAAGAUCUGUGGACACUUCCAUGCAGAUUGGUACCUUUGGACUCCUCCGCCAGUCUGUUGUGUACGUGCAACACCCGGACCAUAGAGGCGAGUGCAGACAUACCAACUUUAAAACAGAUAAUAGACUUGCCAGCUUCUUUGGUCUCUACAGAAUCGCAUGACACGACAUGCGCGCACACAUUCCUUCGUAGCUGCCACCGGGAAUAACGAGAAAAAGUGGCCGGUGCAGGUGACUCUUGGGUUGGGGAGCACCUCGAUCUAGCCUCUGUACUUUCCGCUAUCUUUGUAAAACUUUGCUGCACUAGCCGUCAGUGUCAAGCAAUUACUGUGCCUGAAGACUACUUGGCCAGCAAGGAGGGUCUCUAAACACGUCGUAAGUGACGGCCAUUGUCAGAGCUUCGUUGCACAUGGCAGGAAAUUCGUCCUAAUCCCAUGCGACCUGUUACUUACUGCAUACUUGUGACAUAAUGCUUCAGGAUUACAUGUGACGUGAUACUUCAUAAUUACAUGUGACGCGAUGCUUCCUAAUUACAUGUUACGUUGCUUCCCACGUUUCUCUCACCUGAGCAGGUUUCGCUAUUCAUCUAGAAAUGGAACACUGUGAAUCUUCGGAGGCCUGAAAAUAUAUAAACCUUCACAAAUGUUGCUCUGAAAUCACGUAGAGCCCUAGAGUCACUUCCCUGUAUUUAUUUCUGCGCGUGUUUACAGUUAAUUUGUAACAACGUGCUGCUGCUGAGUGAUGGGAUGAAGGGCGAGACUGGCAACAAGAUCUGAGAUAUAGUUCAGCAGCAGAACCAGAGGCUACUGCUAUCAGAAGUCAACAUACCGACAUUUUGAUGCAAUUUGUUUACAUAAAGACAAAUUCACGAAAAAUAUUUAGAAAAAACAAACUUCUCGCUGCAAUCCCCCUUAAUCAUCGUUUCAUUCACACGUUUUAAUCCGUUAUCAAAAUCGGGCUCUUCCUUUGUAAUCAGAGAAAAACAAAAAGAAUAGAAACAACUGAAGACAGAAAAAGAAGGCAGCAGUACAGAUGUGAAAGAAAAUCACUUGGUAUCACUUAUUUAAUCACUUGGUAUAAAAACAUAAAGGUUUAAUGUUCCAGAAAAUUAUGAGUUUUCCCAGCUGAAGAAAGUCUAGAGUCUUUUCUAAAUAUUGUGUGUAUUUCACUUCCGUCCAUCAUCAUAUGCGGGAUCAUCGCUCAAGACGCAGAUAUUGCCACGAGCUGCGAGCAGCAGCAGUAGCAAUAACAACAGCAACAAAAACAACAACCAAAGACGUGUUAUAGCAGCACUGGGAGUCGCCUCGUGUACCUCAGUCUUGGCUGGCUACAACGCUUUAUCAAAGUCUUGAGCCGUCCUCAUGGUCUUCACAUCAAUACAAACAUUUAUAGGCUUCGUUGUUUUUUAUUUUUAAGUUUCUCUCACUUCUGCGUUGAAUAGUGUUGGAAUAGGGCAAUGUCUUUGUAUACUAUUGUUGAUUAAGUAGUGGCUUUGCAGGUAAAUAACAUAUAGCGUGUGUUCUCUUUUGCUAGCUUAAUGCGAUAUGCUGUGACACGUUUAUGGGGGAUACUUGCCGCCAUGAAUAAAACUGAUGUAAACAGUGUAUAUUAGUCCAAUAUACAGAUGUAGUUUUGGAAAUAAAAUGCUUUUGGAUAAAGAAAAA